AUGUCUUCUACGGCGGCGCUUCCGGUGGCUGAAACUAGCUUACCGGAGAAAGCCGAUCUUCGUAUAUAUAUAUACACACACAUACAUGUAUGUUUUCUUCUGAAAAUCUGGGCUUUUCUGAGGAAUCAAACUUCUAGAGAGAUGGAAGUGAAGUUUUCGAGCUGGGUUUUGAUCUUCCUUCUUUAUAAUCUCACCUUCUCGACGAUUUCUGCUUUUCGUCUGAGUCGGAGUCAACCAACCGAGCGAAUUUCAGGUAGUGAUGGUGAUGUGUUGGAAGAUAAUCGAGUGGGAGGACUGAAAGUAUUUGUUUAUUAG